AUGAAUUCCCUUGCAGUCUUGUGCACGGUGGUUCUGUUCGCCUUUCUAAAAGCCGGUACCUGCCUCGAUCCGGCCGCUGGAAAGCUGAUACCGCUGGACACCCUGGAUGUCCUGCAGGAGGACAGUAACUUUGACCCGCUAGCUCCCGUCCCGUCGCAGCACUCGGAGAUGUUCGAAAUCGCCAAGCGGAUCGCUCAGAAGAAGGAUACUCUCGAAGGCCGGGAAGGGUACGAAGGGGGUCACUAUGGAUUCCGGAACAACAUGGAUCGAUUCGAGUACUUCACCAAGCAGUUCAUGGAGCUUACGAUUGACGUCUCGUACUCGGCCGUUUACUUGCUGCAAAACUACACCCGAUUCGUGCAGAACGCUAACAACAAGUAUAUGAUUGUGUUUGAAUAA